AUGUUAGCCUCAACAGAUGACAUAGCCAAGUUCAUUUCCAUCGCCCCAGAGGCCAAUGAAGGAACAGCCCUUAGGUUUUUAGAGGGAGCGGAAAACUUUGAGGAUGCUAUCAGUCGGUAUUAUGAAGUCCAAAAUGAGACUUCAGAUCCAAGUCCAACGACCACUAUGGAUGCGAUGGAUGCCGAGGCUGAUAUGCGCCCCCCACCGUAUGCAAGUUCACCAAUCAGUGGGCCUGUACAUCAUCACGCCAAUAUAUUCACUGCAGCUGCCAACAUCCGCUGUAAAGACGAACAAGAUGUGAAGGCCGCCCUGCACAGCAUUCAACAGGCGUGUCUCAUUUUCAAUGCCGAUAUUGAACCAGAGCACACUAUGGAAUAUUGUAAUUGCGACUGUGAUGUCCAUAAAUACAAAGAGACAAAGGCAGCCCGGCUUCCUGUCCACGAAAUGUGGUCCAAAGCAGUCAUCUAUCCAGGUGAAUCAGCCUAUCAUGACAGCAAUUUAUCAACCCUCGUCAUGAAAAGUCCAUAUAGCCGUGUGCCGUCGCCAUUUCAGUUUGCAACCGCCGGGACUUACAAUACGGCAAAGCCUACUCGGUCCGGCUAUAAUCAGUAUCUUCGAAAGACUAUACAAUUGAAUGCAUCCCUCAAUUCUGCUGCACAGGCUGCUAUUGAUGCAAAGGAGCCAACAUCUACGAUAUGGGGUACCGAAGAGACCUCUGUACCAAACGGGGAAACCCCCAUGACUCCUUCCGAUACUAGGCUGUCAGCUGUCCAAGGACUCACCCUUCAAAAUGGUUCCUCGGGCCUCGCAGAAAGCCCCAAGACAUCGACAUUUGGUAGUUUGAAAAGGAUGUUAUCAAAGAAGACAUCAGAGGAGAAGGAAGAAAAGGCAGCUAUUGACACAAAGGCGCUACGCAUGGCUAUCCUAGAGGAGGAGCAAGGCAGAUGGCCGAAUCAAGAAUGGCAGCGGCUCGUGGCAGCCUAUCAAGAAACAGUUGGGAUAAGACAAAAGACCGCCGGUCUUCGAUCCCGGCAUCCAAUUCAGUAUCUCCACCUCCUUCGAGCAGGCUAUUUCGAACCUAUUCCAGUGGCUUGGGCGAAAUCAACGUCUAACCCUCUCAAAUUUACCAUUGAUGCAUUUGGUGGGUGGAGAGGAGUCACCCCCAGUUGGAGAGGAUACAAAGAUCUCGCCGAGGAACGUCUAUACUGGGUUAUGGAUAACACAGAGGGCAUCCACAAAAAUAAGAAGCCCGAUGCCAUCUCUGCGAUGAGCAUGGCUCGGUCUAGAAUGGAAUCUGCGACUGAAACGCCUAUGGAAUACUUCUCACGCGACGAUAUUUGCAUUGCUCAAUCCAUCUCCGAGACUUACUCGAACCAGGUCAUGUCUCCCUUCAGACCCUCCGGGCAGCCCGCAGCUCCUUUAGACGAAACUAUGAUUCUUCUAGGGGUCUCAAGGUCUAUGAACUCCGCUCCCUUUCGCCCGAAUUACGAUGAGCACCUCAUUACAGGUUAUUCCGCCUCUAACCAACCAAAGAGCAAAGAUAUCGCCAAAGCCAUCAUACGGGGCUUUUCCCAAGCAAUGAUCAAUCAUGACCACAACGCCCGAGGCUAUCAAUUCAUCACAUUCGCAGAUCAGGGCCGCUACAUAGGCCUCAUCAACCACCAGAGUUUGGAACAAAUAUGGUCGAAAGUUAGAUUUUGGGGAGAAACUCGACUCAUGUUAGGUUGGCAAAAAGCUAAGGAGCUUCACUUCCAAAAGCACUCUGGAACAGCAAUCCACCAUCCUAUGUACGGGUGGCAAGCCGGUCCACAAACACCGAUAUUGAGACUGCUUCUCAUACUCGACGGCGAACCAGCAGAUAUGAACGAAUUCCAGCUUGAUCUGCUUGGCCUAUCUUGGGUUUAUGUCACGAUCUUCCUGAUGGGUGCAGACAGAUGUCCACACCACCAUCGUCUUGCAAACGAGCUACAGAGAAUCAGCAAUACCAAUCCCCGUAUCUCUUUCCUAGAUGCGCAGGGGAAUAUGCCGGAACGCUUUGUCACUCACGAGCUGCUGAAGCGCCAUCUCGGAUACAAUGUUUCAUUCUCUGAUUUUGAGACAUUAGAGCAAGCGGCGGUGGAUCUACCAUUAUAUGUAGAGUGA